AUGAAUUUGAAAGAUCUGUUUACUAACCGGGAACGCCGACGCUUUCCCGAAUGUGUGAGGCCUCUUCCUCGUGGCUCUGUAUCAAGCGCCAAAAAUGGCAUGUCCGACGACUCGAAGGAUAGCCUAGACCGUGCUCCCCAGCAGGAAAAGGGCGAAGAACUAACAGUCGAAUCUCUCCGAGCUGAAGUCGAGGCCGAUCUUGUUGCUACGGGCCAUGACUCUGUUUAUGACCGUAAGGCCAAGGUCAUCAAUAGAGCAGUUCAGGAUAUUGGCAUGGGUUCCUAUCAAUGGGGUCUCUUUGUGCUCUGUGGUAUGGGUUGGGUUGCCGAUAAUCUAUGGUUGCAGGGAGUUGCUCUCACAUUAACCCAACUUGCCAUGGAGUUCGGCGUGUCUCAGACCGAUUCGAGGUUUGCCACAGUCUCGCUCUUUGUUGGGUUGACUAUUGGUGCUUCUUUUUGGGGCAUUGCCUCCGAUACUAUUGGAAGACGUCCUGCUUUCAACUGCACACUACUCCUCUGUGGAGCCUUUGGACUGGCUGCUGGUGGCGGUUCUAGCUGGGUCGGCACAUGUGCUCUGUAUGCCUGUCUUGGCUUGGGCGUUGGCGGAAACUUGCCCGUAGAUGCGGCUAUUUUCCUUGAAUGCUUGCCUCCGAACUCAGGCAACAUUUUGAGUGGACUUGCCACAUGGUGGUCCGUUGGCACUCUUAUUGCUAGUAUGCUGGCCUGGGCUUUCAUCCCCAAUUUCUCAUGCGCUACAUAUGCGGACUGCACCAAGGCUAACAACUGGGGAUGGAGAUACCUUGUGCUGUCACUGGGUGCCAUCACCUUUUGCAUGUUCCUAUGCCGAUUUUUCCUUUUCACUCUGUACGAGUCACCAAAGUUCCUUAUUUCCCGCGGUCGCCAAGAUGAAGCUGUAGCUGCAGUUGAAGGAAUUGCCCACAAGAACAAGACCACCACUUGGCUCACCGAAGAAAUUCUGAACGAGAUUGGUGGAUACCCAGAGGAGAACGAGACACAAGGCUUGUCCACCGUUGAGAUUAUCAAGCGGUCCCUGGAGAGAUUCUCAUAUCAACAAAUUGCACCGCUAUUCAAAACUAAGCGACUUGCUGUUUCCACCGUUUUAAUUUGGUUUUGCUGGACCUGUAUUGGUAUGGGAUACACCCUUUUCAACGCUUUCCUGCCUCAGUAUCUCAGUGCAAACUCUUCGGAAUACAUCACCUAUCGAAACUAUGCCAUCACAGCUGUCUGCGGAAUUCCAGGCCCUCUUCUUGGAUGGUAUAUGGUCGACGUCCCAUAUGUCGGCAGAAAGGGCACAAUGGCUGGUUCGACCUUGAUCACCGGUGUCUUACUUUUCUGUUUCACUGCCACUAAGGAUCCCAAUAUUCAGCUUCUCUGCUCGUCUUUGGAGUCAUUCUUCCAGAUGAUCAUGUAUGGCGUUCUGUAUGCCUACACGCCUGAGCUUUUCCCAGCUCCUAACCGAGGUACUGGAACCGGUAUUGCCAGUUGCCUGAACCGCAUUGCGGGUUUGAUGGCUCCUAUCAUUGGUAUUUAUGCCAGUACCGAUCCUGUUGCGCCUAUCUAUGCGGCUGGAGCUCUCAUUCUGGCCUCUUUUGUGGCAAUGUGUCUUCUGCCUAUUGAAACCGCUGGCCGACAAGCGAUGUAG